AUGACCAACAACAUAGUGCGCGAAGUGGACCGCGCGAUCGGCGCUCUGUCUACUUUGGCACUGGGCGUGGGACUGCUAAUGCUACGCGAAGUAUACCGCAGCCUACGGACCUCGCAAGACAAGUGGGAGCGCUGCGACUUGGACGGCGGCGGCAAAGACGUUUUCUACCAGAAAAAGUAUGGGAUGCCCCAGUUGCCAUUGUUCCAGCACCGAGGAGGCUGUGACUGCGGCUCGUUGCGAUUUAUGGUUCUUGCCCCGAAACGAGUCGAGGCCUUUGACGACAGCAAUACGCUUUCGUGCAAGAAGGGGCGAUUCCCGUAUCUGAUGGUCCCGACGUCGUGCUUUGAGAUGAUGGAGUCGUCGGACGUGUCGCUGUACGAGAGUCAAGCGACAUUGUGCCAGCACGUUUUCUGUGCCGCGUGCGGUGUCCACAUCUUCCAGUUCGACAGUACACAGCCAGACUGCGUUGCAGUGAACGUGUAUUGCGUGGAAGACGAGAAUUUCGAGGACAUGAAGAUUAUAUUUAUUCCACGAGGCUCGCGCCCGCUGUUCGGCCGUGCCAGUCGACAGCCUUUGUCGUCGGGGCAGCGCUACCGACGGCCGUUGCAAGCUCAAGGCUUUGACACUGUUCGUGAAGACAGCGACGAGUCGACCAUUGCGUUCCAGAAGCAGAUGAUGAUGUGGGCGCGAAUGGAUAACCACGAGAAGUACCGGGAACCGCUGUCCGACGACACGCAGUCUUCGACCAGCACUGCGAGCCAAGCGGGACGUUUCUCGGCUGCGUCGUCCGAAGACGUGCCAUCCGUGACAAAAGAUCAGCUGGAGUUUUACCUCAAGCGCCACUUGGACGAGUCCCGACAAGACGAGUUCCGUGUGUAG